UUUUCUGAAGAAUUUUGUGAACAAAACUAAAAGUCAUGGAAUCAAGCAAAGCAGACUCGAACCUGGCUUCCCAAGUCAGUGAGGAAAAUCAACAAUUCACAAUAUACUGUCCGUCUAACAGUGUCGAGAAACUUUCAGGGUUGUUAAUAGAGAGCCGUGGCCCUUACCAGUCAAUAAAGAUCAGCAGAAGCACAAUCCAAAAAGUGGAGGAGGAUAAUACAGUUUCUAUUACUAGAGUCAAACCCCUGCUUGAGAACUGUCUUGAGGAUUAUUGUGAAAAUUCAAACUACUGCUUAUCACAAGGAUGUAUUCAAGCCAAUGAAACUACAGAAGAAAAGAUGUCCUUAUUUGAUCAAGUCAUCAUCAACACCAUGAAAGAACACAAGAUUAAGGGGGGAUCAGUGAUCAUUGGUCAGCAGGGUAGAAUUUUGUACAGACAAGGCUAUGGUGAGGCAGCACCUGGAGUUUAUGCUACGUCUUCAUCAAAGUUCAGGAUUGGUGACAUUUCUAAAGUCAUAACUGCCAUGGCUGUUCUAAGACUAGUGGACCUGGGCUACCUAGAACUUACAGAUGAAGUUUUUGGAGAUGAAACUAAAAAUACAGCAAAAGGAAAAUUCAUUAGAACUUCAGGUAUUCUAAAGGACCACUACAAAGUCAGGAGAAGACACAUGAUAGAGACCAGAAGAGUGGAGCAUCUUCUACAGCAUUCAGGGGGCUGGAACCAAGCACAAGGAAGUGACAUCAUAGAUACCAGAAAACUGGUCCUGGACAAGAAGACUAUGGCAAAUGUCAAGUCAUCAGACAGAAAAGAAAUGAUGAUGCGUCAGAUUUUAAUAAAGGCACCUGACUAUAAACCUGGAACAAAACAAAUUUAUUGCCACCUUGGAUACUUUCUUCUGGGAAUGGUAGUUGAGGAGGUCACUGGAAUUCCCUAUCUCAACUUUGUACGGGACAUGUUCCAGAGUCUAGGAGUAGGUGACCUAAGCAGCAUAGACAGCUGCAAGGAACUCAACAAUGAUGAGGAUAACCUGGAAAAUCUCUUUGAUUCAGUGAGUUCUGUUUCACAGGAAAACACAGAAUCAACCCCAUUUCUACAUGGUCAUUGCAAACUGAAUAAGAGUGAUUAUGGAAAUAUUCUACAUUUGCGACAGACUUCAACAUAUUGUGGCUUAAUUGCUUCAGCAGAGCAGUUGUUCAGAAUUUUUUCUUCCAUUGAACUCUCUUUACAUACAGGCUCUGGAAUUUUGUCGAAGGAAAUGGUCAAGCAAAUGCUUGAAAAACCUUGGUUUGAAAAUGGUUCUGAAUGGCUUGGACUAGGUCUCAAUGUUACAGAUGAUGGUGAGAGUUGGGGGCACUUAGGAAGCAAGCCUAAGGGUACCCAUUCCUUAGCUGCUCGGCAUCAUUCUGGAUUUACAUGGGUUGCUUUGUUCAGUGAAGGAGAAACUGGAUGUGAUGAUCUAUAUUUAGAUCUCGAUACCAUGAUGAAACAUGCAUUAAGCAUGUCACCUAGGUUCUCCUCCUACUCAACUGUUUUGUUCAAGCAGCUGUCUUUCUGGAGUAUGGAAGUGCAGUAUUAUGGAAUUUAUUCUUCAAACACAGAUCAAUUGUAUGAAGUACUUCUUCCAUAUGAAUUACUUGAUAGACAUUACAUGAAUUUAAAAUUUGCCGGAUACUUUAUUCAGCAUAUUGAUCUUGUUAGCAACAAUGGAAAAUUAUUUGUCAACAUAGUUUGGAAUCAACUUAAGAAAAAUCAGAAUUGGUGUAUCAGGAAAUACCAUGUAGAUCACAGAAGCGUAGGAGCAUGUAACACAGUUGAAAAGGAUGUGGAGCAUUUUUUUUCUAGAUACCAAAUUCACACUUUAUCAACUUGUAAGGUCAAAACUUAUUUCCACUGUGUCAUAGUGUUCAAGGAAAAGACCAAUUUAAAGCUUUCUCAAAAGUUUUUAUUUUUAUCCCCAUAUAACUGUGCAAUUAAAUACAUCACUGAUUCACUGGUGUAUGGUAACAAAGUUGUAAAUCCAUCCGUUUGCCAGGUUGGUUUAUCAAAACUUCUGACAGCGGUUCUUGAAUAUGAAGGACAUGAAAGAUCAGUUCCAAACAGAUACUGGAUUGCAGCAUACCCAGAAUUCUUUGCACAUAUCAUCAAAGUUGAUGAUGAAGUGGUACACUUUGGCCUUCAGCAUGCUCAGUUUUACUCAAACAAUGCACCAGACAGUGUGACUGGAGCCUUUGUUUGCUUUGUCUUAUCAUCAGAUAUCAAACAUAGAAGCACCUGCAAAUAUGGACUAACUCGCUAUGCUUUCAUGAAAACUCUAACAGACAUUGUCAGAUCUGGAGAGGUUGAGGUGGAGAAGAUAUGUACUUACUUACACAAGGGAUGCUUUCACUUUGCUUUAGUGACAAAGCACAACUGAUAUAGUUACUUUCAAUUGGUCAACAGAAAUAAAACCUGAUUGCAAGAGUGAAUUCAGUGUCGAAUCCUACAGACAUGAGCACUGGCAAAAUAAACGGAUCUAUUCUAUACACGUAUGUCUAAGAAGAACAUAUUAUUCACAAAAAAGUUCAGUUCUUGAAUUCCACCGAUAUUUUAAGUUGAAGUCAACACCUUUUAUUUCCUACAGAUAUUCCCCGGCCAUUGCACCCAGGGGAAGACCUAGAUACUCUGUCUGAAUGGAUAAAGUGUUUUAGAUACAUGUAUAUAUUAGAGAAUCGCAUUAGAAAAUUAAA